GUGGAUAGGCAAAAUACGUGGUCGAACGUUUGUGAAAGAGAUCGUUGCCAAAAUGUACAUUCAUAUUAUUGUGCACACAAACGACGACACAGAAAUCGCUCAAUAAAUUUACUCCGCGGUGUUUUCUGCUGAAUGGAAAAGAGAGAAGUGUUUCGCAAUCACCGGAUUCCGUCGCGGGGUGGCCCACAGCGAAUCGAUCCGAAAGUCGCACGAAGUGUGUAAACUCCGCGAGCUGUAGUGUUGUGAAUUGAAGUGCGAGUGAAGAUUUGCUUCGUUCCCACCGAUCGAUUGGUCCGCAAGUAAAGUGGAGUGGAAUUUCUGGCACGAAUCUGUCCCGUGUGUGGUCAACGUAAAGGAAAACCUGAUCCGAAGCCAUGCAGUGUACUCUCCCGCAUUCUCUCGCGCUCUCCCGUCAUGUGUUUGGACUGGCAAAAGAUCUCGCGAAGUCCAGUGAUAAUCUGGUGGUGGUUAAGCGCCUCCGAAUCUUCAAGAUCCUCAACGUUUCGGGGGUUUCUAGCGUAAUACUGCCGACCGAUCGGCUCACAAUUCUUUUGACUAUGGCGUGUUUAAGUUCGUCGAAUCGGGUCUGCGCCCGCGUUGUGCAGGAAAAACUGUGUCAGUUCGUAGUUGGCAAAAAUCAGCUAGUGACCACUGCCAGCACUGUCACUAACGUUGGUGAUAGUGCUUCUGAAAAAUCCGGAAUUGGAUCCGGCAGCAAUGGCAGCGGAAACAGUGGCAGUGUAGUUCCGGCCAUAAAUCGUGUUACGAAGAGAAGCUCAAUCUUUUCCGGUGCCGUUUAUCCGUUGUUUACAUCCGGUGGUGCUAUCGGUGUGGAAGCCCUUAAGUACGGACCGUGUGGAAUUGGUGUUGGAAGUGUUCGCAAUUUUUACAGUUCAUCCUUGGUACGCAAUCUCUUCAAGAAGAAUCAGCCAUGCAGUUCACAGAUCCUUCCUCCAGCCACACAUCCCUGUAUGCGAGGGUACAGUUCCGUGCACACACAGCAACCAGCCGGCCCGAUACGGGAAUACAACAUCGAUCCGUAUAUCCUGCUGGACGAAGAGCUUAAAUAUAUCUUCGAAGAUAUUAGACAAGAAAUAAAUCGUGCCACCAACCACCAAGAGCUGAAAAAAAUCGCCGUGUAUUACUUCGACGGUCAGGGAAAAGCGAUUCGGCCGAUGGUCGCGAUGCUGAUGGCCAAGGCGCUGAACUAUCACAUGCACAACGAGACCAGCAGCAAUGUAGUGCACGCCCAACGACAGAUCGCCAUGAUUGCAGAGAUGAUUCACACCGCCAGCCUGGUACACGACGACGUCAUCGAUCAGUCCUUUGCGCGGCGGGGUAAACCUAGUGUCAACGUAAUAUGGAACCACAAAAAGGUGACGCAAGCCGGUGAUUAUGUUCUAGCCAUUGCCUCAAUGCUGCUGGCCCGCCUUAAACACGACGAAGUCACACACAUCCUCAGUCAGGUACUGACAGACUUAGUGCAAGGUGAAUUCAUGCAGCUGGGCUCCAAGGAAACGGAAAACGAACGAUUCGCUCACUACUUCACCAAGACGUACAGGAAAACAGCAUCCUUGAUAGCGAAUAGUUUAAAAGCGGUGGCAGUCCUAUCCGGAGCGGACGAACAGAUGGUGGAACUAAGUUUUCAGUACGGACGAAACCUCGGAUUAGCUUUCCAAUUUGUGGACGAUCUGCUUGAUUUUGUGUCCAGUUCGGAGGCGAUGGGCAAACCAGCGGCAGCCGAUCUGAAGCUAGGACUGGCCACUGCGCCGGUGCUGUUUGCGUGCGAAAAAUUCCCCGAGCUGAAUCCGAUGAUCCUGCGUCGCUUCCGAGAGCCAGGCGACGUCGAGCGGGCGUACGAGCUGGUUCACCAGUCGCAGGGUUUGGAGCAGACACGCUUCCUCGCACGCAAACACUGCGUCGAGGCGCUCCGGCUAGCAUCCCAAAUCAGCGAAUCGCCGUAUCAAAAGGGUUUGAUAGUGGUCGGCGACUUCGUGCUGAACCGAAUGAAAUAGUAGUUCCACUAGGUGCGUGCGGGGUAGCUGCCGCCGGUGGCAAGCGCAGAUACAGAACAACGAGAAACACCCACCAUCAUCUCCAAACAUCAACAAAACAACAAGAGCAACACCGUCAUAUCCGGCCACCGGUUAGUGCAAUGCGGAAAAAAGGAGGAAAACCAGUGAGAAAGACAGCGACAGCGAGAAUGAGAGACAAAGAGUGAACGGGUGCACUAGGAUUAGUUUAGAUAGGUUUUGGGAAGCAGGAAUAUUUCGGCAGUUUAAGUAAGCAGUCGAAUCCGGGAGGGACAUGUACAGCAGUAUGUUUAUUUUCUGUAAUAAAAAAGUUUGUGUGUGUGUGUUUGAGCGAAUAUUUUAACUGCAACCAAGGAAAUAAUCAUGUUAUUCCUCCGUGUGCUUGCUCCGCUUGUUCAUCUUUGGACUCUUCGGACAAUCGGUACACGUAAGCUUGGGAUGGUUUUCCGGAGUGUGUGAGCGCGCCAGAGGAAAUAGUGCGGGUUUUAUAUCUAAUAAAAUUGUAAAGAAAUAAAAAAAAACUCAUAAUAUGUACUAGAGUCAGUAAGAUUAUCUAGCGGGAAGAAAAUAACCAGUUUAUUAAUCAAGAUUAAUAAAAUAAGUCAACGUUUACCCGAAACGAACACAAACUUGACAGAACGAAGUAGAAGAAAAUUGGCCGCUAUUAUACGAUCAGCUGGUAGCGGCUGAUUUGCUUUUAUUCCGUAAAUGUGUGAAAUCUAUUCAUUACUACUAUUGCUAUCUAUUUGUAUUCCUUAUUGGGUUAGCUAAAUUGAACAAUCGUGUACGAAGUGCAAUGUCAACUCGUUGACUUAACCAUCUCUUUUGUUUUUCUGUUGUAAAAUACUAUGUACCUAGUGUUUGGACUAACUAGCAAUGAAUCGAUGAUAGUGUAAGUUUGGCGCGGCAAAUGGGUGUGUAAGGAUCGUGCGAACGGGCUCGGUAGGCGGGGUUAAAGGGAAAAGCUAGGUCGAUUCCGGUCAUACUUUUCUCACUCAAUAAAUAAAAAUUUUGUAUCCUGAAGAUUUCAACUUUUAUAGUAACUAAUAGUCACAAGAGCCUUGUUCCUAAGUGUUUGAUUAAACGAAAGCGGAAGAAACGCAUCAUUUUGUACUUAUAAUGCGCAGAAGUUUUGUUCUAUUAAGUACAAUUCGGCAUAAUGGUAUCGACCUACAGAAUGGUACCCUUAUUCCCUGGUUAGUUCUAGCAAGAAUCAGUUUGCAAUUUCCCUAUUUUUAUGCACAAACGUGGCCCAAUGUUUCACACCCUUGAUUUGUAAGCAAUUGACAGCAGUGUCAAAUGCUAGCACAAAUCGUAGAAUGUUUUGAUUUCAUUGAUUGGAAAGUCGAAAUAAAAAAAAUCAUGAAGACAAGAAUGCCGGAAGAAGAUGUACAUCAUCACAAUAAGCACUGCCAUUUGAAUAGUGGAACGAAAAGUAAUGGGACAACGAGGAUGAGUGCGUGUUGUUAGGCAUGGUUGCGGGUAGAUAAUUUCAAACUCUUUUUUAUUUGGAAGUAAAAAAUAAUUUUGACUGUGUUUGGCAGAUUGGUAGAUUGAUAUUGGAUUCGACAGAAAAAAUGGGCGCCUUAGAAUAUGACAAAAGAAAAUGUAAAUAAAAACUAGAUAAGCAAAUAAAUGGUAAUGCAAGAAAAUGUAGCACGCAGCAGAACUGUGCGUACCUGUGUAUGCGUGCGUGUUCUAGCUUUAAGUGUCAAACGAAGUAGGCCAAUAUGCGACCUCUAGCUGCUCAAUUAUCAAUUAAAGUGGAAACCGUAGCAGAUCAAUUAAUUAUUAUUUUAAACACGUAACACUAAUUUUGAUGAAAUCAAAGAAACACACGCGCGACACACCAUACUGUAAAUAGUAGCUCUAAUUUAACCUCUAAGGAAACGUAAAAAAACAUUAGUUUAACUCAAACACUAUUUUACACAUUUGUACGCACUUGUUAUUUUUUGAGUUUGCAUUGCUCUAUUUUUCUGUUUUAUUACUACAGUUUAUGUUUUGUGUUCAUUUUCGUACUUUACAUAAAAAUCAACUAAACUCAUUUUCCGUGUCGUGGUAGGAAUUUGCUGUUAUUUCGAAUGCUGUCUUACUCUGAAGUACUCUCAGCUUAUAGUUGCACCAGGCCGGGGCUCUUAGUAGAGUUUUUAGCUCAUUUACCGACCGACCGGACAGACCCAUGUUGCAGCGAAGAAACUUCCACUGCUGUUGGUCAACUCAUCAAGUUACCGAAAUAGCCGCCACGACUUGCUUCAACUCUAUACAUACAAACACAAACGCACACUCAUGCACACGCGCACACACACACACAUACACAUACAUUAACACCCGUCGGGACUUGAUCGAAGAUUCAAGCAAGCUUUGAAGCUAAAAAAUGGUGUUCAUCGAUGUGGAGCGAAUGAAGAAUUCCUAAAGACAAGAUCAAAAAAUCAUUAUAGAAACGCAAAAGUUAUAAACCAUGUUGAAUAAAUUCCCGUUGAGAGUAGUAGUAAUAACGUUUUCAACCUUGACGUAAUGACGGGAUGCCAAGAAGAACUAACUAGAAAACAUGCACAGAAGAAAACGACAAGAGAAGGCAGUUUUUCAGGGGAUAUUGAGAGAGCCGAUGUAUAUUAUCGUUGCUACAGUUUACACAGUCUUUACAAGAAUGUUUUUGAUAUGUAAUGAUGAAAAUGAAAAGAAAUAA